AUGGAGUUAUUUUAUACUCGAUUAUGCGAAUUGGCACGAGCCUCGGCUUCAUCCACUCCUUUGCUAAUUUUCUCCGUGACUUCUGAUGUUGAUUCGCUAUGUUCUUUGAAAAUAAUAGGCCAUGUACUUGAAACCGAUUCGGUUAGGUAUGCUUGCUACCCAGUUUCGAGUUUCAAAGAAAUCCACAAGUAUGAAGGGCCUUCUUUGAGUUCGUCAUCGAAUGAACUUAUUACACUUUUGCUGAUAAAUUGGGGGUACCAUAAGGAUCUUAGGAGAGAUCUUGAAAUCGGUCCCUCUGCACGUGUUUGUGUUGUUGAUGGUCAUAGGCCGAUUCAUUUGCAUAAUUUGAGCAGCCAAAAUGAUCGUGUAGUUUUGCAUUAUGCAAAGGAGGAAAAGCACCAAGCUGAUUUGGUAUAUGAUUUCGAGGUGUCUGCUUUGGCCAACGAAUGUGAUUUGAACGGUGAAAUGAGCCAUUUUGGCGAUGGCGGUCAUGGUGUUUUGGGGAAAAUUUCGGUUGAAUCUCUCGUACAACACGUUUUCACCGAUCAGAUCCUGCCGGAGCUUGGAAAUCUUAUGAAUCUCGAAGUACUAUGGUUGAAACAGACUAAUCUGGUGGGUGGAAUCCCAGAGUCACUAGGUCAACUCUGGAGGCUCACCGACUUGGAUGUGGCUCUCAACGCGUUAACAGGUGGAAUCCCAAGUUCUCUCACAGAGUUGAAGAGCGAGGUACAAAUUGAGCUCUACAACAAUUCAUUGAUCGGCGAGCUGCCGAGCACUGGAUAG